AUUAGUUAUUGUGUUUUCAAAUAAAGUUUAAAGGUAUAGCGUUUCGUUAAUUUGCAUUAUACAACUCACGUUUUUGUGCUGUCACUUGGAAUUUUCUUCGGGAAUAAAGUUCACUCGCCCUUGUGCUUAAAGUAACGUUAUGUUGGUUGGGUUCUUUGCAAUCAACGGCCGCUCCCAUUAUUUUUGUUAAUUUCCUUGGCAAUUACGAAACAGUCCAUUAGUAGCCAACUUGACAAAAUAAUGGAACUCGAUUGUGAAAAAAUUUUGGGAGAAGGAGGUUGUGCUAUUGUUUUUCAAGGUGUAUGGGAUGGAAAGCCAGUGGCUGUCAAACGAAUUCCUACAAAUAAGGUCGCAAGCAACGAACGAGAGGAAGAUGCACUGAGAAUGCUUAAUCAUCAAAAUGUCAUCAAGUUAUUUCACGUCGAAAGUGACAAAAAUUUUAGAUAUUACGUUCUUGAAUUGUGCAACGCUUCAUUAGCCAAACUAUUUCUUAAAGAUGACGAUCCCAAAAAAUACAGCGGGCCGAUGCCCGCAGUUAAAGAUGUACUUAUGCAAUUGGCCAAUGGACUAGAAUACAUUCACAAAAAGGGAUUAGUACAUCGCGACCUGAAGCCUGAAAACGUCCUUAUUUGGGUAGAUCCAAAAACACAAAAAGUGUUGAUGAAGUGGGCGGAUUUUGGACUGAGUAAACGAGUCAACGAAAAAGGAAGUUACUCAAUGCAGAGCGGAGUUAAGGGUACCUUGGAUUAUUCAGCACCAGAGAUUUUAAAAUUAAUUGAAGAAGAAGAAACACCUACGUCUACAGAUGGAACAACAUCAACAAAUACAAGAGGAAACAUCAAAAGCGAUGUAUUUGCAGAAGGACUCGUAUUCGGCUAUUUUCUUUUGGGCGGUGUUCAUCUUUUCGGUUCACGUUAUAAAAUUCAAUCCAAUAUAAUCAAAAAGGAACCUCCGAAUCUGCCCAAGAUUCAAUUUAAAGACAUACGUACGCUGAUCCAUAAAAUGUUGGAAAAAGAUCCACUGAAACGAAUUACUUCUUCGGACGUCACGCAGGAACUCCAAGAAAUUGAAAUGUCAAUUAACAAUUCAAUAUUUGCCGAAGAUACUUAUCCGAGCCUGGAAGAAGUCGAAAUACUGUUACAGAAAGAAAUGGAUAUAAACUCUGUGGACGAAAAAGGGUUGACUCCACUUCUGCAUUUGGCACUUCCCAAAAAAAAAUGAAGGUGACAAUUUAGUUGAAAUAGUUCGCCUACUAAUCACAAAAGGGGCAAAUGUCCACUGCGAGACUGAAAACAAAAUGAAUGCUCUGCAUUUACUGUGCGAACAUUAUAAAAAUGAAAAUUUUAUCAAUUUGGCAAAACUUUUGAUUGAAAAGGGAAUCAACGUUAAUUGCGAGAAAAAACGAUGGAAUGCUCUCAAUUGGCUGUGUAAAAUGUAUCCACAUAACAAUUUGUUGGAAUUAAUUACAGUUUUCAUUGAAAGUGGAAUUAAAGUAAAUUCCAAUAAUAGCGACGGAGAUGAUAAUGCUAUAGUAAUAUUAGGUCAAUAUUACCGAAAUGAAAAUUUAAUUGAAAUAAUUCAACUUUUAAUUGAACACAAAAUCGAAAUCAAUUGCAAGGACAGCAAUGGAAAUAAUGUGCUAAUUUUAUUGUGUUGGAAAUAUCAAAAAGAAAACUUGUUUGAAAUAAUUCAACUUUUGAUUCAAC